CCUCACAUGGCUGUAAAGAGGCACGUGAGACAUACACAUCAGACGCAGUGCAAGAUGAAUCCUGUUUGUGUUUUUGCUAAUAGCCAAUUAGCCAGACAUUGAGGGGCUGAAACAUUAUGGGAUUUGGGGAAUCAUUGAUCGGACAGAGGGUAAAAUUAUUGUACAAAUAGGAUUAUUAUCGGACAUCCGGCAACGCUGAUUAUCCUCCAUGCUGGAAGAGGAGGCAUCACGUAUUAGGUAGGCGGUGGUGGUGAAUUUCUAGCUGGGCUUCCCGCCGUGGACGAAUACCAAAGAAGAAGAGUACUCGGUCAAGUAUGGCGGCACAGUUUGGCUGUAGAUCUCUACUGCGGCCCUUCCGCGUACAUUUCACUGAUAGCGACUCCCUGCGAACACUGUGGCCGUCCUGCUUAGCUUUGAGACAGUAUGUCUGCUCUGCUAAAUGGAAGUCGUAUUCCCCUCCGGUCGGCCUCGUCUCAGUGGCGCGAACAUACAGCUCAGAAGCAAAGGACGACCUGGUGGUGAAGUACCUUGACGGACAAGACUAUGGUAUUGUGGUUGUUGGGAUUAACCGGCCAAAAGCCAAAAAUGCCAUAAGCAGGAAUCUGGUAAAAAUGAUGUCGGAGGCUGUGGAAAAUAUCAAAAAGAAUAACAAAGUACGCAGUGUGAUUUUGUGCAGUUUAGUUCCAGGGAUCUUCUGUGCUGGAGCAGACUUGAAAGAGAGAGCCAAAAUGCAUCAAAGUGAAGUUGGACCAUUUGUGGCGAAAGCCAGGGCACUAAUCACAGGACUGGGUAACCUGCCAAUGCCAACAAUAGCUGCAAUUGAUGGAGCUGCACUGGGAGGAGGUUUGGAAAUGGCCCUGGCCUGUGACAUCAGAGUUGCCUCCGAUGCUGCAAAAAUGGGACUGGUUGAGACCAAACUUGCUAUUAUUCCUGGAGCAGGCGGUACUCAGCGUCUCCCCAGGGUGAUUGGUGUGUCUCUUGCUAAGGAGCUCAUCUACACGGCCCGGGUGGUUGACGGCACAGAGGCCUGUCGCCUCGGCCUCGUCAGUCAUUCUGUGGAGCAGAACAAAGUUGGGGAUGCAGCUUAUCUGCGAGCUUUGGCGCUUGCUCGUGAGAUUAACCCUCAGGGUCCAAUUGCAGUCAGAAUGGCAAAACUAGCCAUUAAUCAGGGUAUAGAGGUGGAUCUGUCUACAGGCUUGGCUAUUGAAGAGGCAUGCUAUGCCCAAGUGAUCCCAACUAAAGAUCGAUUGGAGGGUUUGGCUGCCUUCAAGGAGAAGAGGAGUCCCAACUACAAGGGCGAGUGAGAGCUCCCGCAAGACUUCCUCUGCACCACUGCUUCCAACUUGUUUAGAAGUCAACGUGCACACUUCAGGACUGUACCUGAAGGGAUCCGCUUGACCGGCAGCUUUGAUGCUGGGGUGGGGGGGGUCAGUGCUUUAAAGGCUGGAAAUGUUGAUGAACAUACCACCAAAUGUAAUCACUAACAAUUUCUUCAUCAUACUUGCAGUCUGAUUGCAAACGAGUGUCGGCAUCGUGAGUCCUAAAGCCAUCCAACGAGUAGGAAGUUGCUGUUUUUCGAUUAGUGCAAAUGUUUCUGUCUACUAUUAAAAACACACACUGUGACCUGA